AUGUACAAGCGACCGAUCGCGAGUACAUACUCACUCAGCUCGCUGAAAGGUUACGAGCCGUACAUCGACGGCAUGAUCGAGAAGUUCAUGGGCAUCCUCGACCAACAUGAUGCGUCGAACGAACCGAUCAACAUGAGCAAUUGGCUGCACUAUUGGGCGUUCGACAUGAUCUCCAAGAUGUCGUUUGGCGAGCCCAUCGGCUUCCUCGACCACGGUAGUGAUUUCAACGGGAUGAUCAAGAGCCAAAAACGGUUCUUCCGCUACAUCAGCAUCGUCAACAACAUGCCGAUCCUGGACUCGCUGCUCAAGCGCAAUCCAUUCCUGAAACUGGUCAAGCAGAAGCCCAGCAUGUUCUUCACCUUCACCAAGCGCAUCGUGACGGAGCGCAUCGCCCAGGCCGAGAGAGAGAAGGACAAGAAGGAAGACCCUGAAGCUGAAGCGUCCAGUCCAGGUCCGGCCGCUCAUCACCACCGCGAUAUGCUGGGGAGCUUCAUCGAGGCGAGGAAGACGUACCCACAGAUCAUGACCGACCUGCGCAUUGCCCAUCUCUCCACCACCAAUGUCGUGGCGGGCGCCAACGACAGCGCGAGCUCCAUGGAUAAAGUCAUCCACUACCUGGCCGGCCACCCGGACGCCCAAGAGCGGUUGUACAACGAGAUCACCAGCGUCGUCAACGGGACGGCGACGGCCGUGAAGGAGAAGGACAGCAGGGAGAAGGACAAGGACAGCAAAACUGAAGGCGAAGGCCCCGCCGCGCUCGAACUGGCGCUCAAGAUGCCCUUUCUCGAGGCCAUCGUCCUGGAGUCAUAUCGCACGUUCGGCGUGCCCUCGAACAACAUGGAGCGCAUCGUGCCCCAGUCAGGCAUGCGUCUGCCCAACGGCGUCCAACUGCCGCCGGGCGCCGUGAUUGCCAUGAACGCCGCCUCGAUGGCCAUGUUGCCGCACAUCUUCGGCGCCGACGUCAAGGAGUUCAAUCCCGACCGAUGGUUCCAGGCUCCCACGGAGAGUGACGCCGAGUACGCAUCGAGAAGGCAUGCCAUGGACCGGGCCGCAGGUAUGGUGUUUGGCCAUGGAAGCCGCGGUUGCAUUGGCAAGAACGUCGUGCAGCUGGAAAUGUUCAAGCUUUGGGCCUCUUUGGUGAGGGUCUACAGGGUAAGUUUAAGUCUGGCAGGUCGUCUGGUGCGGGAGAUGCUCCUGCUUUCCCCUAUGAUUUGCGUUUGUAUUGACCAUCCAAUCCUCUUUACUACCCACUAA